GAGCGGGUGAAGGCAUCCUCGUCGACGGUGGUGACCGUUGAUGUGGAUGUUGAUGUUCUGCCACUGGCAACGGUUGGCAAGCUGCCAGGACCAAGCAUCUUGAAGUCCUCAGCGAAAUACUGCAGCAUUCAACAGGCGGUAGAUGACAAUGGCAAGCACAGGGGCCAGACUCAGACCAGUUCUAGCAAGAAGCCACUCAUCGUAACAGAUACGGAAAAAAAGAAGAACAAUCAAAAAGGUGAACAAAAUUUGGCUAGCACUACCAAGGUUCUGUCUACUGGCACCAUGAGCAGCGGACGUGAAUGCAUCACCAUGUCCACAUUCGCAGGGGCUGGUGAGAAAGACUCAAAGAAAGUAAAUCAGCCGACACUUGGAGCUGUUGGGUCGGUCAAAGCGUCCAUAACAUCUGGUGGACCUCCCUUGAAGCCCAUGGCUUCUACUGUUGCAUCUCGCACAUCUCCACCUGGAAAUGUCUGUGCUGCUGUACUUCAAGUCAGGGCAUCACCGACAGCAGCUAUAUACUGUGAAGAGGACGGAGCUCGGAUCAAAACGACCUCAUCAGUAGCGGUGGGUGCUUUUUCAGUCUCAGGAAGGACACAAUCAACUCUUGGUACCACAGAGAUAGCUAAACUCAAAACAACUAAAACAACUCCUGCUGGUAGUGGAACGAAGCCAACCGCUUCUUUGACAGCGUCUAAGCCAAACACUACAGCUUCAUCGACAGUAAACGUUAGUGCGGCCAGCACCACAACAGUCAAUGCCAAAAUAAAUGCAAAUGCAGCUUCAAACGAUCAAAAGACGCAAGCUGCCGGUAUAACUGUGACGACAAUUACAGAGACAGCUGUUUGUGUUGCCAAUGAGAGAGCGGAGCCAUCGCCAAUUUCUGCCAAAGGAAUGCCGAUUUCAGUGAUUUCAACAACAACAACUUUAGCGAGUACAGCAGCUGCAUCAUCAAAACCGCAAACAGUAAGGGCUAUACCAGCGUGUAGUAUACCAGGCGCCACAACACCAGCAACAUUUGCAGCCCCAAAAGCAACAGUGGCAGCUACUCCCACAGAAUCAAAUCCUGCAGUAAAAGCUCCUGCCAAGAGCACUGCAACCAAGGGAUUAUCUUCAAAGCCGACUGCAGGUGCAACAACAGCCACGCCAAAAACAGCACCUCCUUCUUCAUCAGUAACUGCCAAGCUACCCGCGGGCUCGGAAACCGACCCAAGGGAACUAUCAUCUGUCAAACAAUCGAACAUAGCUCUAAAAACAACGUGCAGCCCUGCUGCUUCCGAUAUUGCCCCACAAGCUAAAAACAAAGUCAAAACCACGAAACCAGGCACUGCGAAGCCAAUGGCUACAAGUCCUACGAAGUCGACAGUCAAGCCAAUAAAGCCAGUAUCAACCAGUCCCACAAAAACAAUAAGGGGAAAAGCUAUAACUUCACCUGGAACCUCUGCUAACACAGGAGCAUCAGUGGGAACCGUUGGUAAGACAGGAGCUUCUACCAGUAAGACCACUAGCAGCGGCAAAGCGAAAGCAAAUUUAUCAGCAUCAACUAGGAAAUAAGCAGACGAAGUGAUCUCGUAUUCUCAUAAAACUAAAAAUAGGUAAAUGGGAUAGAAUGAAUCUGUUGAGAUCAUACUAUUGCCCAAUAUCGAAUACUAUUUUUAUAAGUAUUAUAUAUCUAACGAGCUAAGCAAACAAAUUUUGUUAGCCCAACGGCAACCUAACCAUAUAUGAUUGUUAUGCGUUUAGAUGUUUAUACAUAUAUGUAUGUAGAUAAUCGGAAAGAAAAUAUUUUAGGAAUCUUUAAUUUGGAUUUAAUUUUACGGGAGACAGGCAGAAAUUAGGAUGAAUAUGAACGAAGAUUUCCAACGGGAAAGACAAAACAGAAAAACCUUCAUGUUUCCUAUGAGUACCUAUUUAUGAGAAUUCUGUUCCUUAGUGCAUACCUAAUGAAGAUAUAAUAGCAUGGAGCGGAGAUGGAUGUGGGUGUGGAUUUGGAAAGACUUGAUUGCCAUUACGAACAAGUUAACGUAGAAUUUAGUAGGCUCGAUGAGGGAGAUGAGAUGAGAAUGUCCUGUAGUUUGUUUAUAUGUAUGUUUAUAUGGAGGUACAUAUGUAUGCACUUUCAAUACAUCCAUACAAAUAUAUGAGUGUGCGAAUUUGCAACCCAAUUUGAUAAUGAAAUCAAACGAAAUUAAUAGCAAUGUGCAAAAGCAAACGUUUAAAGUUUUUAAACAAAAACAAUUUAUAUAAAAAUAUACAAAUAAUGUAAAAAUAAGAAAGCAUUUCUUUGUUUGUGUUGUUUUAUACCACAAAUAUUUUUAAAAAUAUUUUGGAAAGAGCGAUCAGACGGAGUAGAAAGGGUAACUUUGUAUUUUAUAUACAGAGCUCCUGUAUUGUAUAUGUAUGCACAUUGUACAUAUAUAUACUCGUAUAUAUCUCAUAAUCUCUGUAAAUGUAUAUCUAACUAUACACUCGCUGUACCCCAUGUUUUCUUAGGCGUAACCAAAUGAGAGACUCAUGUACCUAAAUGAAAAUGAAGUUGCAUCAGAUCCAAUCGAUUUGCGUGCAGUUGUAUGAUAAAGAAACAAAAAUAUAGUUAUAAAUGUUUUAUGUGUGCGAAUUAGAGAUACUAAACUAAAAUCAAAAUGCUCAUAGAAAAACAGAACAAAAAUAAAACAAUAACUAUUACUACAAUUCAAGAAUUUAUAUAACCAUUGUUGUGUAUUCAUGUUUGAAAUGUAAUUUAUUAGUUGCCCAAUUUAACGGCAAAGAAACGAUAUAUUAAAUAAAAUAUACAAAAUAAAUAGAAAAAUAUAUACACAUAUACAUAGCUAUAUAUUUAUAUACAUAUAUGAAUAUUAUAUAAACAUUUGCAUGUGUUUAUAUCUGCCUCUGCAGCUAUUUAUGGAAAAAAUUUUACGUUACGUUACAUUUGUUUUAUAUAUGUACUGAUAUUAUUGAAAUCUUCGUGUUAUCCAUUAUAUAAUUGUGACAGACAUCUCUUUGUAUUAAUAAUACAUAUAUCAUUUAAAAGUCAGCAAUUUAUUUAAGUGUGCCUAUCAAUGUAUAAUUUUACUGAUUAAAAUACCCCUACCCGAAAAAUCCCAAAAAAAUGUGUGAUAAAUAAUUUGAACAAGCUCAACAUAGUUUUCGAUUUUACUAUGUCAACACAUUUUAGUCGUAAGUCAUGGAAACAGGAAUAUUAAAGUAAACAUUUUUGUUACUUGGAUCCUUUGUUGUUGUUGUUGUUGUUGUUUUGUUAGCGCAGUAGCUGUGACCCAAGCCUACAUACAUAUGUACCUAGAACGUAUUUUUAUCAGACACAUAACAUAAAGAGAAUAUAUGUCUAUAUUUAUAAGUAUUUACAGAUGAAUAAUACAUUGAUGUUGCAUGUUUGUUAAUUGACAUGGAUGUGUACCUGUGACAAAGCCCAAGAUUAAAAUUAGAGUAGAAUUAUUAACAAUAAUAUACAUACGAGUAUAUGUACAUAUACUGAAAUGCAUAAUGGCUGUCAAAAAAUAUAAAAAGGCAAUUAUGUAUAUUGUAAAUAAUACAUUACUUAAUUAAAAUGAUAAUAUCGAAAAUCAAAAGCAAUUUGCCGGAAUCUUAAAACGAAGAAAGAAAAACCAAAUUCCUGUCAAUUCAGAUACAUUGUUUGUACAUUAUUUUUCAUUAUGAGUAGAAAAUGUGGUGAUGUAAGAAAAAAAAUGUGCUACUUCCCAAAACAGAGUAUAUUCAUAUUUAUACCAAUUUUUUUGACUAU